AUGUCCAGUCCACCAGCGUCUGUUCAUCAGUCAGAAAGAAGCCACAGCUCUAAACACAAGGAGGCGAGCUCACGUCAACAUAACCAGCGUCGACAGCAUCAGGAACAUCCCAGCACUUCUGUACCGCACAGCCGCUCACCGUCUUCAGUCGCCUUAUCCCCGUCAUCGCGGACGAACACACCCACAGCCAUUCGUGUUCGCACAAAGAUAGGGCAGCGUCGACAGCAUCAGGAACAUCCCAGCACUUCUGUACCGCACAGCCGCUCACCGUCUUCAGUCGCCUUAUCCCCGUCAUCGCGGACGAACACACCCACAGCCAUUCGUGUUCGCACAAAGAUAGGGCAGCUCGGAGAUCCACAGCCCGAUCCGAGGGCUGUGUCCCCAGCACCAGGCCAUACAAAGCGGAUGAUACGUAGUAUGAAUGAAUCCACUCAACGUUUAGAUCCUCACCAGAAUAGUUUCCAACCGAUUCGUGAUCGUAGACUAAGCCCUGGCUCACAGUACCUUUGA